UGGAGGGCGCACUUUGGCUAUGAGCGGCCGCCAUCAUUGUUGUCCUUCCUUCAGUCUUUCACUAACGCUCAGGAGCUGAACGGCAGAAAACUCUGACUGCAUGUCUCUAAACAUUUCAUCCCCGAGUCUUCUGCACCGCUCACUGAAUGCCGAUUAACAGGUAUGCCAAAGGAAAAAUAUGACCCCCCGGAUCCUCGCAGGUUGUAUACCAUCAUGUCAGCGGAGGAAGCAGCCAGUGGGAAAAAGUCACACUGGGCAGAGCUGGAGAUCUCCGGGCGGGUAAAGAGUUUGAGCAGCUCGCUGUGGUCUCUUACACACCUGACCGCGCUGCAUCUUAACGACAACAGCCUUAGCCGCAUUCCACCCGAAAUCGCCAAGCUCCAGCACCUGGUCUACCUGAACCUGUCCUCCAACAAACUGCGCAGCCUGCCGGCAGAGCUCGGAAACAUGGUGUCUCUCAGGGAAUUGCUUUUAAAUAACAAUCUUUUACGGGUUCUACCUUAUGAACUUGGGCGGCUGUUCCAGUUACAGACCCUAGGUUUGAAAGGAAAUCCUUUAUCACAAGAUAUCCUCAAACUCUACCAGGAACCGGAUGGAACCAGAAAGCUUCUCAAUUACAUGCUUGACAAUCUGGCAGUACACCCUGAGCAGCUUCCUCCCAGACCGUGGCUUACUCUGAAAGAACGAGACCAAAUGAUCCCCACAGCCGUGUUCACGGUCAUGUGUUACAACGUGCUGUGCGACAAGUACGCCACCAGACAGCUGUACGGGUACUGCCCGUCGUGGGCGCUCAACUGGGAGUACAGGAAGAAGGGAAUCAUGGAGGAGAUCGCCAACUGCGACGCCGACAUCAUCAGUCUUCAGGAAGUUGAAACCGAGCAAUACUACUCCCUUUUCCUCCAGACGCUAAAAGACCGUGGGUAUGAUGGCUAUUUCUGUCCAAAGUCUCGCGCCAAAUUAGUGUCUGAGCAGGAAAGGAAGCAUGUGGACGGAUGCGCAAUAUUCUUCAAGACCGAAAAAUUUACACUUGUGCAGAAACACACAGUCGAGUUCAACCAAGUAGCCAUGGCGAACUGUGAGGGGUCGGAGGUCAUGCUGAAUCGAGUGAUGACGAAAGACAACAUUGGAGUUGCUGUGCUGUUGGAGGUCAACAAAGACCUCUUCUCUGGCGGGACGAAGCCCUGUCAGGAGAAGCAGCUCCUCCUGGUGGCCAAUGCGCACAUGCACUGGGAUCCCGAGUACUCGGACGUGAAGCUGAUCCAGACCAUGAUGUUCAUAUCAGAGCUGAAGAGCAUCGCAGAGAAGGCCGCCGGGUCCGAAGGCUCCAACUCGCCCACAGCAGACCCCGUUUCCAUCCCCAUCGUCCUGUGUGCAGAUCUCAACUCCCUGCCCGACUCAGGCGUGGUUGAGUAUCUGAGCAACGGUGGAGUGGCGGAAAACCACAAGGACUUCAAAGAGCUGCGGUACAGUGAAUGCCUGACCAACUUCAGCUGCAACGGGAAGCACGGGAGCUCGGAGGGCAGCAUCACGCACGGCUUCCAGCUGAAGAGCGCUUACGAGAACAACACCAUGCCUUACACCAACUACACCUACGACUUCAAGGGUGUGAUCGACUACAUCUUCUAUUCCAAAACUCACAUGAGCGUUCUGGGGGUGCUGGGGCCCCUGGAAACGCAGUGGCUGGCAGACAACAGCAUCACGGGCUGCCCCCACCCCCACAUCCCCUCCGACCACUUCUCCCUGCUCGCCCAGCUGGAGCUGCACCCACCCAUGCCCGCCCUCAAUGGGCUGCACCUGCCCGUCCACAGGUAGUGCAGCCCCGCCCCCAGCCCCGCUCCCAGAGGACAUGCACAGCUGUAGAGUCACGCCCUAGACACCUAGGAGUGAAGUAUGGUUUUCAUACUGACUGACUUUCCCCCAAGCUGCUCCUUUUUUAACGUUUGCACAUGGAUUUUAUUCUUUUCCUCUUGAAAGGCUUGAUACCAAAUUAGGGUUGGGAUUCUCGUUUUCGUUAAUCUUACCGGAGACUUGCUGCUUUGAGGUUUAAGAAGUAAUAAUUGUCUGACUUGAAGAUGUUCACCUGGAAUAUCAGUGUUUAUCCUCAAACACUACUGGUGCUUGACUGCGAGAGCUUUAAAUUGAUAUUGACCUUUUUACCCAGCCUUGCCUUUCAGCUGUGCUGGCCAAUAGUACCCUCAGAUAAGUGUGGCACCUUGAUCUUUAACACUAUUACGUGCACACUGACAUCUUGAGAAACUACCUGAAAUGUCUCCUUGCAUGUGGUCAGUAAGGAUUUAUAAUUGGUGUAUGUGGAAAAAUUAGGUAAUGAAACAGGAUCCCAGCCCUACUCUCAGAGAAAAAAACCCAUUUGAUGUCCUCAUGUUGCUGUAUCUUUACUAUGCAUUUUCUUACAUUGGUUUGAUUUGCUUGCAAGCAGUGUUCUCAUGAAUCAGAGCAGUGCUCCCACAAAUCAGAAGAGUGCUCUCACAAAUCAGAGCAGUAUUCUGCUUUCAGAUGACGUUGCUGCAGUUUCUGGGAAACCAUGAAGCUGUUGGUAAUAUCAGGCCUUUGCAGAUCAACACAUUCAGGUGAAUUUAUGUAGUGUCUGUUUAUUUAAAAUGUUCACAUUCAGAUACCAAAUACAGUGUUUAUCUCUGUCAUAUCUUUGUAACAACUCAAAAGCUUGUGUCCUGCUGUCAGUAAGGAGUUCCUUUACUAGCACCUCCCCUUGUACUUGCUAACAGGUAAUAUUAGUCUGUACUUAACCUCCUGUGCCUCCACAGUACAGUGAACACUGUUACUGUUGCGAGCUGUGGGGCAUAUUUAAAGAAAUUAAUACUGAACUCAGCAGUACUUUUGGCUGAAAUAUUUAAAAUUAUUUGGACACAUUUAGGAAAAUUUCCAAACGAGCUUUUGAGUUUUCUGUUCAAAAACUCCAACCCCUUUGCACAGAUAAGCAAAUACAUUGGACAUAUGCAGUAGCUCAUCUUUGUAACAAUGAAAUAAGGAUUUUUACGGAGCUGUGAUGGUAACCUAAAGCAUGUUUAAUAUGCAGGUCAUGCACUAAAUGCCCUGCAUAAGCCUUAGUGAAAUUGUCACCCCUCAGUUGAACAUAAAUAACAAGUCCUAAUAGGUCAAAAAUUUUACAUGUGGUUCUGUUUGGCAUAUAGUUAAGUGUUUUUAAAAUGCUCAGAAUGCUUGUUUUUCUUGGCACUCAUGAAUGAAGCCAUUACAUUAAAGCACAUUUUUUCUUUUUUUUUGGUAUAUAGUUAUACCUUAUACCUUUUAGGUGAAACUUACACCCCAUAGUGUGUGAUUGUAGUUGUUGUUUAUGUGUGAAUCACUGCUUGCACGAUUUGUCCUGGUGAUGCAGUCUCGGCUUCCUUUGCACUUGAGGGUGAUGCUAACUGAAACGCCUCUAAUUUCAACAGCUGCCGUCUGGCACCAGCACGAGACAUGAGGCCCAUACUUCACUCCCAGCACUUUGUGAAUUCUGUUUGUAUAAAUCGGAGGUAGGACCUCACCUACGAUGAUUGUAUUUUAGCGAAAGAGAUGCCCGUUCUGUCCGUUUUGCAGCAGGAGGUCCGUUGGGGGGGCAGGGGGAUGCUCCACUGUCUGCUUCAGGUUCCCUUUUCUUUGACACGGAUGUUAACAGUGGUACACACAGGGUUUCCUCUCCAGGCGAGUACCACAGUGUAGGCAGUUAUCUUUGAGGCUGUCAGCCUAAGUCCUUCGGCUUUGUCACGAGAAAAGGCAAUCCGAGCAGCGGGUAAAGCCGAUUUUUAACUGUUUUAUGUUUUUCCUUUCUUUUCUGUUCCCUUUUUCUUCAAGGGAUACAUUUUUGUACGUAAAUGUAUGGAAAUUGUAUGAUACAGUAUUAAACGUUGGUGUUGAGUGUGUUCCAUAUUUGGGGGGGGGAGGAAAUCAUGCUGAUUUUAAAGGUUUUCCUCUGUGAAUAUUUUUCGCUGUGGUGACUGCUGCAUUAGUUGCUCAACUGACAGACAGUUGAAGAAAUUACACUCAAGCAAAAGCUUUCAAAUGCAAAUCCAAGAUCCACCCAUUUCCAGCUGCAUUUCAAGUGACUCUUUGAUUUUUCCCUGUGUCGUCAAAUCCUACAAAGUCACUUGGGUCAUGAACACCAUGGAAAGGCAACAUUUCUAUAUUUGUAUUUAAUAAAAAUUGUUUUUAAGAGCAUACUCUUCCAUUUUUAUAAGACCGUGCCUAGUUUUUACAGUCUCUCCAGCAGCAUCACUGCCUGCCGCUCCCCAGAGGGUCAGGGACCUGUCCAAAUCCAAACCUCCUCCAUCUCUGCUGGGAUACUCUUUAACUGGUUUAUUUAAAAGGUCCUUAGCUGAACACGUCCUGAUGGACAGGUCAUCGGCAAACGGCCGUCAGUCCAUUUGCAACCCCUCUUUCCGGUUUUCACCUCAUGCCACCUGUGGCUUGUAGUGAUACUGCAUGGUUUUGUGCAACAUAUCACUUUUCAUGUUGAAUAGAUGGUGUGUGGCUAUUGGGCGAACUCUUUCAUGAUGGUGACACACAACUUCUACGUUGCCAUUUUAAAUUUAGAUGGUUGUUAGUAUCCUUCAAGGUCAAUGGCGACUAGUAAUGACUUAUCUGAAGAUGAGGCAGAUUAUAUAAAAUGACAAGCUCCCCAAACUGAUUGACAAGUCAGAAAAGAUUGUUAAAUUAAUCAAGCUACAUCUGACAUUUAGUUUUGUCAGAGAAGCCAAAAAACCCAACCGCCCCC